CGGGGAAAAAUCAAGCAGAAAAGUCGAAAGAUGACAUCUUUUCGUUCGUUUCUAGUAGUUUUUAUUUUAAGUUUAAGUGUUGCUUACAUAGUUAAUGCUGAAAAUGAUUACGUAAAAAUUCUUAAACCUAGAGGUGAACUUAAUGGGACGACUUUUGAUGUUGAUGUGGACAUCUCUAGUGGGAUUCUCAAUUCAGAAUAUGAAAGCCGUUCUGUGGGAAAAUUUCGUUUGAAAGUUGUUCCUUAUGGGGAUGACAAAGUUUACGUAUCGAUGAAAAUCAUUGAAAUACGUUCAACAAAUGGCAAGGUUGUACCAUCUCCGGAGGAAUAUGUCUUAGACGUAUCAAUGGUUAAACUUGGAGAUUUCAUACUUACUUCAGAAGGAAAAAUAAUUGCGAGAAAAAAUGAGUCGUCUAAGAGAGUAAGAGUUUUCAAAUCUGUGGCAAAUUAUCUGAUUUUCGACCAUUCAACUUUCUUCAAACAUGCUAAAGAAGAAAAGAGUGUCUAUUCUGUUAAUGUACCGACAAUCUACGGACCAUGCAAAAUUCAGAGUAUAAGUGCUCUAACAGGAAACGACAGUUCUGUUGUGGAGCAAUUCUUUGAUCCAAGAACCUGCGAAGACUUCAUCCCAACGGUUUUCAGUAAUAUUGAAUCUGUUAAAAAUGUUAAAGGAUUAUCGAUAAAUAACUACAGGAAAUACUAUCUUCACAAGAACGAUGAGAGUUACUUUCUCGAUGAACUUGAAACGAAUCAGAAAAUUCUUUAUACACCUUCUUCAGGAAAGUCCCUUACUCACUUCCUUUACAUAGCCUACAGGAUGACUUUCAUUGAGGAGGCAACGUUAUCUCUCGAUGACACUGACUUUGACUUUAGCAAAGAGAUAACUUUGGAAAUGAAAGCGUCUGCUAAAGAUUACUUUAAUGAUGAAAAAAGUUUUAUUAGUCUUGAUUCAGCCGAGAAUUUAAAUUCAGAAACCCUUUUCGCUGAGAUCAAAAUUUUACUUGAACUAAUAGAUGAAUAUUGGGAGAAAAAUUUGAUAAGUGCAACAGGAUGGAUUGAUCAAGCUAUUGAAUUAACCAAAAUAACUGCCUUGCUUGAGUACUUUUCUUAUGAUCAAUAUGUACAACUUUGGGAGGAGCUCAAGUCCGAUACUUCAGCCGAUGGUGUUAAGAUCUUAAAUGUUUACUACAAAAUUGCACCUCUUAUCGGUUCAGAAGGAUCCGUUCUAUUUGUCCGGAAGCUUAUAAUGGAGAAUAUUGUAAGCACUAAGGAUGGCGAUGCUAUGCUAUCAAAACUGAUUAGUACUAUGAGACAACCAACCAUGAAAGUUCUUAAAGCUCUGAAGGAUGUUACAAGUACGAAUACUGAACUUUCCCUCUACGCAUAUACAUCUGCCCUAGGAACAGCAUACAAUACCAAUCCUAAUUCGAAAGUUGUACAGGAAAUGGUAUCUCAAACUAAGAAGGAGAUCUCUGAUAAAAUUUCUGAGAAUUUAAAAAACAGUACCGCUACGCGCGUCUACAUUCAUGCUCUUGGUAACCUCAGAUGUGUUUCUCUGACAGAAGAAAAAACUAGAGGUUUCCAUUGGCUGUCUUCUAUUUCCGAUGAUGAGAUUCUCAUGCGUCUGAUUUUGGCGUUAGAACAUUCAUCAAAUCCAACUGAAAUUUUUGAAUAUAUGCUCCAAAUUUUGAGAGAUGUGAACAAAAGCUCUGAACUUAAGGCUGUUGCUUUGAUAACUGCCUUGAAGAAAGUCCCAUCGGAUGAACAGUUUGAAGUGUUAGCAAGAAUUAUGGAUGCUGAAAUUAACUAUGAACUCUACAAUCUUUUCGAAUCAUCAGUUCGAGCGUUUGUAAAAACCAAAGAGCUUCCAAAAUCAGCCUUACUGUGGCUUCGUAACAGAGAAUCGUUAAGUCGAUCGACGGCAUUCGCCUUUGAGAGUGCUGAUGACUUCCCUAUAGGAUUUUCCACUGGAGGAUAUCUCUUGUACAAUGACCAAACUAGAUCACUUCAGCAAAUUUAUGCAGAUAUCUUCUUAUCUUACAAUGGCGAACCUCAGAAAAUGUUCAAAGUUUUUGUGAGAGUGUUCGACAAUGAGAAGACCAUUUCAUUGUCUGAUGAUGAUAAAUUGGACGAAGAAGAAGACAAACCUGACUAUGAAAUCACUCUCUAUAAAGAAGAUAAAGUUGUCCUGUCGCUGCUUGAAGAAUUUGACUAUGCAGCCAUAUUUGUACACGUCAUGAGUCUUGUUACUCAAUUCAGUUUGGCUCCGUUGAACAUUCACAUGGAAGAUGUAUUCAACGGAUUGAGUUUAGACUAUUUCUUACCAACAGACAAUGGAAAGAAUGCUCAUAUUUACUUCAAGAUUCCCACAAUGGCUUCAGCAACGGUGUCUUCUUCUGAUGAUGAUAAAUCAGUUUUUACAAACUUUAUAGCAAGUUUGAACUUUACAGCUCAAAGUGUUACUGGAAUGCACUUUUAUCACCCACAUAUUCAAGCUUUCCAAGGAUCAAGGGAACUUUCAAGUCUUCACUUUACCUCGCAAAUUGCUUUGAAACUUCUCCAGGAUACCGAUCCAGUUAACGCAACCGGUUCCGUCAUGUUGAUGAACUUCAAUUUUGAACUCUCCGAUGUUCUAACUCCCCUCUUUGGUGUUAGAAUAAAGAAGGACACAGUUGUUUUCUUAAACAGGCUCGGCAAUAAGCCGUUCGUAUCAAACAAAGGUCAUACUAUACCUGACCACGUAACAAUUGAUAUGGGAAGUAACGCCAAGGAUCUUCUUCUUUUACAUACUGACAUUGGUGCAAAGUAUCACAUAAGGAUUACUGAUUAUUUUGCUCCACCGAAUAAUAAAGAAUUCCCGGAAACUCAUUUGGAAUCAUGGUUUAAGAAACCAAUGUCUGAAAUGUUCAAAAUAGACAAUGGAGACUUCUUAGUAUCACUACUUAGCUACUGGAAUUGGAAUUUCCUUGCUCAUUCAGCCUACUCCUACAACAUUAAGGAAACCCUGGAACCUUGCCACGUUUAUCCGGUGAGGAAGUAUAAUGUCCGAUUAUAUGUUGGUAAAGUCGAAAUAAUAUUCAUGGAUAAGGAGAGCAAGCCCUUGGUUAACUACAUGUUCAGACGCAAUGGAAUAUACACAGAAUUUAUUAGAUCAGGCCCUGGACUAGAGUCUCUAGGAAUAUGCUUUGCUGAAGUGGAAGAAGAAAAAGAUAGAUCUCUCUAUCACAUCUACUACGGAACACAUUCCGGAAAGCUUAUAGAGUGCCCUAAAGAUCAAUUCAGCAUGGUUAUUAAGACCAAGUCAGAGUUCUCUGAAGAGCAAAUUAAGAAUCACAACAAUAAGGGACUCACAUAUUUGGAAUGUACUCAUCAGUCUCCCUACCUUCAGUUCAAGGAUCCUACCAAUAACGAAAUGUGCGCUAAAGCAGCCACAACACUUAAGGAUCUUACAGUCAAUGUGCACUACAAGAAUGUUCCUAAAGAAUUUAAGACAAUUGCACAUGGGUUCUGGAUGUGGUUCCUUGCAACAAACAACGGCGUUAUUUCUGAAAAUGAACACUCUAUGGUAAGCACUGAUGAGUUUACUCUCAAGGGUAAUUAUCCAUUGACUUCAACAGACAUGAAACUGGAUGUUUUAUUCCCGGAAGAGACAUACAGCUUCACACUUAAUCCGGACAUCUUAAGCCCUGAUAACAUUGCCAUUUCCGAAUGGUCUCAUUUAACCGAGUAUAGUGCACCUCCGCCACAUUGUACUAUUGUAGCCUCGAAAGACAAACUUGAGUCUUCAAGGCACUAUUUUCAUACAGAAUCCGAUGUCUGGACACAAUAUGCCAAAGUGAAAAAAGUGGUAGUGUCUGUUAAGAAAGUCUGGAAGAACCAAUUGGCUCUUAAAAUUGACUAUUUUGACCAAGUCAUUACAGCCUAUCCGAAUUCUAAUGCCACGGCUCACGAUAAGUAUGAAAUUACUGUUGGAGAGACUGUAGCCAACAAUUUGCCUAUUUGGACUACCCAAAGGGUCCGUAUUACAAGGGUCCUAGAUACGGUCUUCUUCAGUUCAGACGGAAUGAAAAAAGAUGAGAAUUUUAUUGUUGGCUACAAUGGACAAAGUGUUAUGAUUGUAGGAUCAAAGAGCGGAGCCUCAAGAGUUGGAAUAUGCUUCGGAAAGCAAGGUGAUGAUGCCAGUAAAGGAGGGGAUGACGAUUAGGCAGGAAUAGAAACACGUUCUUACAUUCAACAUGUUCUCUCAAUAAAAAUUUCUUUCAACA